GGGGGAAAGGGAAGGAUAAUUUUUUUUGUGCUAGGUUAGAACGGCCUGGCCGUAUCAAGAGUUAUUUGACCACGUAGCAGGAUUACAAAAAAAAACAAAAAAAACAAAAAAAAACAAAAAAACAAAACAAAACAAAAAAACAAAAAAAAUAAAAAAAAAGAAUGUAGCAAUAAAGCGUGGUCAUGUACAAAAAAUUAACUUAAGAUAGGUUCGCAUCUGAUUAGCUGUUUAAUUUUAUCCUAUGGACAAAUUUUAGAUAAGGUGUGGUUUCGAGCACACCGCUUGCAGGCGUUGGGAACUUGCGUACUUGUUGGUAGAUGCAGAAACAGUAGAGCGGAAUGCUUCGAACCUUAGCACGUUCCAACAAUUGUCCCAAACGCACCCAAUGUGUCAGUAUAGUUCAUCAACAGAAUUUGUGUUUUCAUGGCAUUAGUCUUCAAGUUACCGAUCUACGGAAGCUGUUCAGUUUGACGCUUACGCUGAAUACUGCAAACAGCAGUGUGAGGACGUCUGUUGAUGGAUUUCGAAUUUUGUUUCAAAAAUAGUUGUGCCCACUGUACUUAGGUGCAUGAUGUCCAAACAGUACAGUGGGGGAAAGGGAGGGAUCAUUCAUCAACAAAAAAUGGAUUUUUGUUUGUUGCUCGGUUAGAACGGCCUGGCCGUAUGCUAACACGUAGCAGGAUAAAAAAAAUUAUUCAUGUACAACAAACUUAAAGCUUUUGUCAAAUCGAAGCUAAUUGUGCAAUAAGUUCGCUUAGUAAUCGUAAAUCUUAAGCAUGUGAAAAAAAAUGCGUUCCCAUAGACUUUAAGCAAAAUUAUUCUUAAACUGAGAAGGCAAGGAAUAUUGCUUUUAGGAUGUAAAAAGCACAGAUGCAGAAGAUUACAGCCUUAGCUCCUAACAACCCAAUCUGUAAAUAUCUGGGUCACGAUCCGAUGUGAUCGCAAAUUUGAAUACCGGUGCUUAAUUUUUUUUAGGAAACAUCUUGGGUGGCAGUGUUGCAUGAUGUUUGCUUCAAAUUAACUAAUCCUUCCGUGGGCUUGUUUGAGACUCUGAAGCCUGUACCCUACUCAAAGGAUGUUCCAUCACUGUACUACUGGUCGGUUUGAUUGAAAUGACCGUACGUGUUUUCAAAAAUGCUCGAUACAGUCCGCGUGCGAAGAACUUUGUUGUAGUAGUACUAAUGUAGCAUGUAGUACUAAUAAUCUGGAUAUUAAAUACCACUUCCCCGGAACGGCAUCUUUAAUGACUCAACAACAACGAAGACUAUAGGAAUAAGACCGAUCUCCACAAACAUAAGUGCUCAUCUGCUGAUCGCUUUGAAAUUAUCUUUUAUCUAAGAGUUUUGACAUAGAAAGGUAGAAGGGCAAUGGGACAGUAUUUACAUUUCAAAUACAUUUUAAAAGGUAUCAUUCUAUUAUUGGAAUACCCUCAUAGUUAUUAUCAAGACAACUCAAUGGGCGGUUAAUGAAGACAACUAAACCCAGAUAUAACAUGUCCAGACUUCCUGAGUUCCUCUCAGGAAUCUCAGGAAUCUUUCGAAAAAAGCAUACUACAUCAUCUUUUUUUUAUUGUUGAGGAGCAAGUUUAGGAUGUUGUCUAUAUUCAGUUGGAACGCAGCGGAAUGUGUAAUGGAAGACAGAGUCUCUUCAAUCAACAAGUUCUUCGAUGUAUUCUUCAAUUCUUCAAUGGCGCUUCUUCAUGCACUUCGUCAAUCAACAAGUUCUUCGAUGUAUUCUUCAAUUCUUCAAUGGCGCUUCUUCAUGCACUUCGUCAAUCAACAAGUACUUCGAUGCUACGUCUUCAAUCAACAAGUUCUACCAAGUAUUCACCAAUACCCGAAUGCAAGAUUUGAACCAGUGGCGCUUCUUCAUGCACUUCGUCAAUCAACAAGUUCUACCAAGUAUUCACCAAUACCUGAAUGCAAGAUUUGAACUAGACUGUGGAACCCAAGAGGGACUUCGCUUGAUGGUUCGCUGUGCACGUCGGGUGGCAAGGAUUUCCUCGCCUUCCUGUGGGAUCUGAACGAUAGGCAAGCAUCUGCAUACGCUUGAGCACAACGAGGUCAUCAUCAUCAACCCAAGAGGGACUAUUAUCCGAAAUAUCCAUCGAUAGUCUUCAUGUUAAAGAUGACAUGGACAUCACAGGAUUGUGUUGGGGGAAGAUACCAGCCCACGAAUUACGAAAAUAUAGCAGCAAUGCCGGAUAGAGUAAACAUUCAACCUCACUCUCGUACGAGCUUUGAUGGAUCGUCCACGGAUCUGGUGGCAGCGAAGCAACAAUCGACAGCACAUCCACCUAUAGGAAACAGGUCGAGGAGGGGUUUAGUGGGUAGGCGUCGAUCUUUACGCAUUCCUUCAAGUGAUAGAGAUCGAUGAAUCCCACACACUUUGCCAUUAGGUGUGCUGCGCCAGCGAAACGGUGGGGGGGAGCUGGCCAGCGAAAGUGUCUUAAGAAGAUUCCCCUCCUCGUUAAAAAAAAAAAAAAAAAAAAAACAUGGCCGAGCUCACCCGGGAUAAGGUGCCAAUUCACGGUUCGGAGAAGGAAAUGUCUCCCAACCAAUUGUGAAUUGAGAUAAUUUAGAAUAUAGGUAGAAUAUAGGUAGAAUAUAGGUAGAAUAUAGGUAGAAUAUAGGUAGAAUAUAGGUAGGAUAUAGGGAAUAUAGGUUUUAGCACAUCCACCUAUAGGAAACAAGCCGAGGAGGGAUUUAGUGGGUAGGCGUCGAUCUUUACGCAUUCAUUCGAGUGAUAGAGAUCGAUGAAUCCCACACACUUUGUCUGCUGGCCAGCGAAAGUGUUUUAAGAAGAUUCCUCUCCCCGUUAAAAAAAAACAAAAAAAAAACAAAACAAAAAAAAAUAUGGCCGAGCCCACCCGGCCAAUUCACGGUUCGGAGAAGGAAAUGUCUCCCAACCAAUUGUGAAUUGAGAUCCGCGUUUAAGAUAUUACUAAAUAUUCUUAUUAGUUAGAAUAUAGGUAGAAUAUAGGUUUUAGAGUCUUACAAGUAGCUAUAGAAGAAGUAAAGCAGAUAUAAUAACAUUUUAUGUCUAGUUGUAGUUUUAAUGGAAAUUUUCAAAUUCCCUAAGGAUGAGAUUUCCAAUUAAAAGAUUUUUUUUCUGGUUAAAAUUAAUAUAUUUCCCAACAACCUUCACUGUUGACUGUGGGUGGAAAUUUAUACGCUUAAACUGUCGAAGCAUUUGCUCUCCGUGUUUUUAAAUGUAUGUUUUAAAAUAUUAGUUUUAAAUUAAUUUUUUUACUGUACUGCAUAUGCCCCGUACCUCACGUGCUAUCGUAUUUAAAACUGUGGAUUUAUAUAUCUUACAGUUUUAAUACUUAAAAAAAUAUAAGUUAGAAUAGGACAUUUAGAACCAUUAAGAUACAUAGUAGGUUUGCACAACGAUAAAGCAAAACAACAAAAAAAAACAAUUUCCAAGGAAAGCCGAACAAGUACCGAACAGUAAGCAAGAGCGACAAACCCGGUACCUAGCUCUCUGUUUUCCGGCACACGGAUGGGAUGCUGUCGAACGGUAUACUCUUCGACGAGUUCGGGUAAACGCGCUCUCAACGUUCUCCCGGCAGCGCAUUCGGUGCGAGUCGAGAGUCGUACACACGCGUACGCUAUCGUUCUCCGACCUGCGGCAGAAUACUGGCAGCGAAGAAAAGAGGAAAAAACACCCUUCUUCCCUCCCCCCCCACCUCGUUUUGCUAUUUAAUAUGUGCUCGGGAAAGUCCUAGGCAAGAUUUGACAGUUUUAAGCAGUGUGUGCCCCGGAACGCGGUCGCUGGUCGAGCCACUCAAUCAUUGGAUCUUUGCAGGCAUUUGCACAGACGCCCCGUGUAUCGGUGUGACAGGCUGAACAGACAAAAGCAAGACGGCAGGGAAGUGAUUUCUUUCGAUUGUCAGUGCGGUUCGCGGUUUUUGCACAUGUUGCAAAGAAAUCAGUGAGUGGGUGCGUAUUAUUAUCUUCCCGGUGUAGAACGACGGCGAGGGGGGGUGACAGACACACGAGCAUUUUGCCAUCGAACAGUUGUGUCUUGUGGAGUGGAGUCUCGGACACAAGAAAUUCCAAGGUUCCAAAAUUUGGCAACCAAAAGCAGUGGAUGGGGGAAUAUCUUCGGUGUUCGGAGAGCAGUAAGUCGCUGUCCUUGCUCGCGGAGGAGUACGCUUGAUGCAGGGUUUUGUGUGCGGUACGGCAAAGGAGGUAACCGGAGAAGCCCCAGCUAUCAACCAUCAUUCGAUUCUAUCAAACCAAGCGUGUCCAAGCUUCCAGCCGGAUGUAUGAGCAACUACCUAGCGACUGCAGUCAUCAACAAUAGAAAUGCAGCACAAACAGCUCAACCGUACGAUCGCAAUAACGACCGGCUUAAUCAUGUGUGCCGUAUAUGUACUGUACACGUUUCAUGCCUGCUUGCUGUCUGGUAUCAAUCGCAGUUUCAAACAGACCGCUGCUUUCACGAUAGCAUCAACGGUGACCGUAACGACUAUUUCACCAACGCCACUCCCGCACGUCCGCAUCCUUGGUUCGAUUGUGCGCAUCGUGCCGCUGGUAGAUGACGAAACGGUCAAGCAGACAUCCACAACGUUACGUCUACUGUCCCCAAACACGACCGACGGUUCGCCAAAGUAUCGUUUUCUGCGCCAGCAAGGACUCCGACCGUCGCGCCAUCUGCCGGACGCACUCAUCAUCGGUGUGAAGAAGAGCGGUACGCGAGCGCUGCUAGAGUUUGUCCGGCUACAUCCGGACGUGCGUGCGGCCGGUUGCGAGGUACACUUCUUCGACCGGCACUACACGAAAGGGUUGGCCUGGUACCGGCACCAUAUGCCACCAACGAUCGAGGGCCAAAUCACGAUGGAGAAAACGCCCAGCUACUUCAUAACGCGGGAAGCACCGCGCCGUGUACGGCACAUGAAUCCAUCCACCAAGCUGCUGGUGGUUGUACGCGACCCCGUCACCCGUGCCAUCUCUGACUACACGCAGGCGAAGAGCAAGAAGCGGGAUAUGAAGCGGUUUGAGGAGCUUGCCUUUACGAAUGGGUCGGCCGGUGGUGUCGUCGAUACGAGCUGGGGCCCGGUACGGAUCGGUGUCUACGCCAAGUACCUGGAACGCUGGCUCGAGUGUUUCCCGCUCUCUCAGCUGCUGUUCGUAAGCGGUGAACGGUUGAUCGCCGAUCCUGCGGUAGAGAUUGGCCGAGUGCAGGAUUUUCUCGGACUGAAGCGGGUGGUCAACGAGAAACACUUCUACUUUAACUCCACCAAGGGUUUCCCCUGUCUGCUCAAGUCGGAGGAACGGUCCAGCCCGCACUGUCUCGGUAAGACGAAAGGGCGUAACCAUCCGCGUAUCGACAGUGUCGCCAUUGAUCGGCUACGCGAGUUCUAUCGGCCGUUCAACCAGAAGUUUUACCACCUCACUGGCAUCAAUUUCGGCUGGCCAUAGAUCCCGUGCCUUUUUGUGAGCUUUCCCCGCUAAGUUUGAAGUACGAAGAUGAAGCGGACGCUGUGCGUGCGAGCUCCGUCAAUUAUGGGCGCAUCUUCUUCCGGCGCAACACUGUACAUGCAUUUCAUCCAUAUUCUAUAUCUUAAGUACGUACGGCAGUAUCGGUACACAGCGCGUUAUUAAGCCUCGCUAGCUGCGAUCGGAAACGCAAAACUUUAGAGCAUUAUAUGCGAGAUACACAUUUAGUAUACUCAUACACAAUAAGUAGGUGUACAUAGGAGAAUCAGCAGGACGGCGAUGCAUGCUAUUAGGAGACCUGAAGGGCAGCAAACAAAAAAUCAAAGCAAUUGUAAAAGGUUAAAAAAAACACUUAUAGGAAAACGAAUGCGAAUUCGAAUAGCACGAACAAAUCUAAAUCUGUUCCUUGUUUUUGAAACGAUUCAUUUCUUUAUUAUGCCUUGUACUGCGAAAAAUGUAACUCAAUGAAAAAUGUUUGAAAAUCUAAAAGCCCACAUUGCGCAAGUUAAUUUAUAGCUUAAUUUACGAAACCCUUUUGAGAAUAUUAAACAGCACAAAAUUUAUCGAUAAGAAGUAAACUCGUUUUAAACUAAACUGUAUAUGUUAUUUAGCCUUAACUGAUUACGGAGCUAUCAGCAAAUUUAAGGAUAUUACUUUUAAUUUACUUUACGCCUAUGAGUAUGCAAUCCGCAUUACCGGAUGAACCAUGUUUUAGAUCGUAAGCUUCUGGGAAGUGUAGGUGUUGGCAAUCGAAACAUUGCGCUGCAAAUAAAGCAAUUUUAUUGAUAA